GGCGCAUGUAUUUACGUUCUCGAGCGCCACCGAAGGAGGGGGUGGUAUUUGAAGAGCUGAAGCGCGAUUUCAUCCCUCAUACGCAGACUUGACUCCUUCCGUGAGUAACAAAGAUUUUAUCAGAAGACCAUAAGACAGCUGAUAAAGUGUAACUUUGUGUUUCAACAAGGAUAUAUCCUUACGGUAGCAACCUUUGGGCUCUAAAAAUUCGACAUGAAGGGUGCGGAAGAAAAAGGAAUUUCCAUGAGAAUCCAGUGGAAUCUCAGGAUGUAGGGGCAAGUGGCAGCAUCCGACUUCCAAUUUCCAUUUACAAGGCAUUACUGAGGGCAGCAGCUCAAAAUAUUCGAAACACAAUUCAACGUAAUAUAAAUGACUAUCAGUUGCCAGGGAUCCCACAGGUUUAUUUAUCUGGCAGAAUACCCCUUCACAAGAGAUUUGACAUCCCACCAACAUCCUUAAAUUAACUCGAUCGUUUGGAUCUAUGGAUGAUACGAAUUACUCGCGAAAAAAAAAAAA